AUGAUGGGAGAAGCGUUGGAUAAAUUCGCCGCAGACCCAACUGGUCUUGUUGAUUACGCGUUGGAAUCUGGUGGAGGUUCCCUUAUGGGAGUUCGAAAUACAGGGACUUAUACCGAACACGCAUCUGUGCUUAGUAUUUACGGAUACCUUUUGCUUUAUAUAAGCAAGUCUCCUAGAACAAUCUUACACCCAGGAAAUAAUCCUGUUGACUGUUGGACAUUUCAUGGAAGUGAAGGUCAGGCUAUAAUUCGUCUGUCUUUUGUCACUUCAGUGACUUUGAAGCACCUACUUAAAACACUUGCGCCAAAUGGUAAAUUGGACUCAGCUCCAAAAGGCUUUCUCACUAAGAAAGUACUAGAAACCAGUGGUAAGUAUUUCGGAUGCCUGGUUGACCUCGACACUUAUGAGUGUUAUCAAACCUUAUGGUCAAGUCGAACGACGGAGUCUCGCGUCACCCUCAAAAAUCAUAUCCUUGGUUUUGGAAAUCUGAAUUCGGAGCCGACAUUUGUUUGGGAGAUAUGCCUAGGAGAUUUAGAAGUGAUAUUCAAUACACUUGUCGUAUUUAUUAUAUUCAUUCUGAGCGCACAUUUGUACGUCGAGAGUAAAAUAGUGGUCGAGCCUUCUUAUCCAAUAGACGGUUGUUCAUAUGUUGCUCGUACAGCUGGUCGACUUGCUCAGCACAAAAUUAUUCAUGGUCAAGGUCGUCGUUUCUCUUGUGAUUACUGCGAGUACAGUGCUACCACAUCUUCCAACCUUCGUCGCCAUGCCCGAAUUCAUGCUGGGGCCAGGCCGUAUUUAUGUCCACAUUGCACCCAUCGUACUAGCGAGUUGGAUGCUUUAAAAAAACAUGUAUUAGACUCCGGAAGACAUCCAGGUUUGCCAUUAUACGUGUGUCUGUGGUGCAGAUUGGAAUGCAGCACAGUAUGCGUUGGAUUUAAUUCUUCGAAUCUUGCGUGGCGCCAUUUACUCAAUGAACACUCACCUGAGAUUACAAAACUACAGACAUUCAGUCGAAUCGGUCGAUUAUCUGAGAAGUUGCUUUCAGAGGAGUGA